AUGUCGAUCGUAUUACCAUCAGGAAGUGUCGAUGGCUUCAAAGCCGUUGGAAAGUACUCAGCUCCAAACCGUCGUCCAAUUGAGCCAGUCGGCCGUUACUUUUUGGCACAUGCAUCAAGAACUCUUAGGGGCCACACUUGGUCUGAAUUUGAAAAGUUGGAAGCUGAAAGAAACGUAAAAGAAAUCGAAACCAACGAGGAUGAAGACUUGGGAGACGAAGAACAAAGUGAAGAAUUAUUGGAACACGAUCCAAGAGAAUGGAAAACAGCUGACUUGUAUGCUGUUUUGGGAUUAUCACACUUGAGAUAUAAAGCCAAUGAAGAUCAAAUCAGAAGGGCACAUAGAAAACAAGUGUUGAAGCAUCAUCCUGAUAAGAAAUCUGCUAGCGGUGGAUUGGAACACGAUUCAUUUUUCAAAAUUAUUCAAAAGGCUUUUGAGGUCAUGUUAGAUCCAACAAAAAGAAAGCAAUAUGAUUCGGUUGACACUGAAAAGGAUCCAAAACCGCCUUCGCCAAAGAGCAAGUACGACUUUUUCGAAGUUUGGGGUCCAAUCUUUGAAAGCGAAAGUAGGUUUUCAAACAAGCAACCUGUCCCUUUAUUGGGUGGUUUAGAUGCCUCGAAGGAAGAAGUUGAUGCUUUCUAUAAUUUCUGGGGUAAAUUUGACUCAUGGAAGACAUUUGAAUUUAAGGAUGAAGAUGUUCCAGAUGACACAGCCAACCGUGACCACAAGCGUUAUAUUGAGCGUAAAAACAUAGCAUCAAGAAAGAAGUUUAAACAAGAAGAUAACAAGAGAAUAAUCGACUUAGUUGAAAGAGCUCAUAGUGAAGAUCCAAGAAUCAAGUUGUUUAAAGAACAAGCUAAGAAGGAGAAAGCUGCUAAGAAAUGGGACAAAGAAGCUGAUUCUCGUAAGGCAGCAGAGGAAGCAGCAGCUAAAAAGGCCGCAGAAGAAGCAGCUGCAAAGAAAGCUACCGAAGAAGCAGCAGCUGCAAAGGCAGACUCAAAGAAGGCUAAGGAGGCUGCCAAGGCUGCUAAAAAGAAGAACAAGAGAAACAUUAGAGCUGCUGUUAAGGACGUUGAUUACUUUGGUGAUGCUGGUAAAUCUGCAGAUAUUGACGCCGAUGUCGACUUGCUCAUUGAGAAAUUUUCCGACAUUCAAUUGGGCGAGGUUGCAUCCAAAUUGAAAGGUGCUGAUGCAGCAAGUGCAAAGGCAACUUUUACUGAGACAGCUAAGGAGUUGACUGAUGCUGGUUCCUUAAACGCUAGCAACUUGAAAUACUUUACUGUUUAA